UGUGUAGUGGCAGUGAAAGGUGAGUAUGAUGAGGACGAAAUAAAUGACAAUCCAUAUGAGAGCGUUCCUAUAGUUAGUGUAUUCAGGGUUAACAUUGGUAAAAGGAGUGAAAAUUGUGGCCUACAGUAAAAGUGUAUGAUUGUAGAAAUGUAUAUACGAUGCAGGGGGAUAUGACAGAACUAACUGUGGAUAUGAUAGUGAAUUCAGCAGAUGAUAAACUUAGCUUGACUGGAGGACUAGGAAAUGCUAUUGUCAAGAAAGGUGGUAAGAAAAUCCAAAAAGAAUGUGCUGACUAUAUAAGAGAUUAUGAUAGGCUUGAUGACGGGGAUGCAUUUGUUAGUACUGCUGGAUCGCUUAAGGCAAAUGCUAUUGUACAUGUAAGAGGGCCGGUUUGGCGAGGUGGCAUGAAGCAGGAAGAUGAGAUGCUAAAAGAAGCUGUAUUUAAAUGCCUGCAGCAGGCUUCUACUAGAAACCUGACAUCAGUUGCCAUACCCGCCUUAAGUUGUGGCACAUACGGAUACCCUGUAAGAAAGGCUACCGCUGUUAUAGUGGCAGCUGUGAAGAACUUCUUCCGUGAAGUUCAAGAAAGCACUGUGACGGAUAUAUACUUGUGUGACAUGAAGACAAAUACAGUUGAAGCAUUCAAUGAAGCUAUGAGCAAUGAAUUUGGUGCAACGAAUGUAAAGAAGUACAUUGACAAUCUGGAUUCAAUAAGGCAACCAUCUAAGAGAUUUUCAAGUGAGUGAGAUUUCAAAGUUUAC